AUCCGCGAUCAUAUAAUAGAUAAGUUAAGUCGGUUACACUCAACUAAUUCUCCACCGUCAGAUUCCCUCUGUUCGUCUUUAUCUUCAAAAGCCCCAAAUCAAAUCCGAAUAAUAAUUAGGUUUUUCUCUUCGUCUUUCAUUUUCUUAUUCUUCACCAAACCGAUAAGCAGGAAAUAGCUAGUGAGACUAAUCCAUCGCACAAACCUCACCGAUUCAAUGACCUCUAAGCUAAUUGCUUCCAAUCUCCGUCACCAAAUCACAAAAUCAGCCCAAAACCUCCGCCGCCAGCUCCUAUCCACGGCGGCGGCGGCAGUGCCGGAACACGAUGGGAACAACUCCAACUCUUUGGUAAUGACGAUGAAGGGCGUUCGAAUCUCCGGAAGACCCCUUUACCUGGACGUGCAGGCAACAUCUCCGGUGGACCCGCGCGUACUUGACGCGAUGCUCCCUUUCUACAUCUCUCGCUACGGAAACCCUCACUCUCGCACCCACUUCUACGGCUGGGAAUCCGACGAGGCCGUGGAGCACGCGCGCGCUCAGGUCGCUUCCCUCAUCGGCGCUUCCCCCAAGGAGAUAGUCUUCACCUCCGGCGCCACCGAGUCCAACAACAUCUCCGUCAAGGGCGUCAUGCACUUCUACAAGGACAAGAAGCGCCACGUCAUAACCACGCAAACGGAGCACAAGUGCGUCCUCGACUCCUGCCGCCACCUUCAGCAGGAGGGUUUCGAUGUUACCUAUCUUCCCGUUGAAUCUGACGGGUUGAUUGAUUUGGAUAAGCUUAGGGCUGCGAUUAGGCCUGAUACCGGUCUCGUUUCGGUUAUGGCGGUGAACAAUGAAAUUGGAGUGGUUCAACCGAUGGAGAGAAUUGGGAGGAUUUGCAAGGAGUUUAAUGUGCCUUUCCACACUGAUGCAGCUCAGGCUUUGGGGAAGAUUCCCAUUGAUGUGGAGAAGUGGAAUGUGAGUUUGAUGUCAUUGAGUGGGCAUAAGAUUUAUGGCCCUAAGGGGGUUGGGGCUUUGUAUAUGCGUAGGAGGCCCAGGAUUAGGGUUGAGCCUCAGAUGAAUGGGGGUGGGCAAGAGAGGGGAAUUAGGAGUGGGACUGUUCCCACUCCUUUGGUUGUGGGGAUGGGUUCCGCGUGUGAGGUGGCGAAGAACGAGAUGGAGUAUGAUGAGAAGAGGAUUUCUGCUUUGCAGCAGAGGCUGCUUAAUGGGAUUAGAGAGAAGCUUGAUGGGGUGGUGGUGAAUGGGAGCUUGGAGAGGCGCUAUGUGGGGAAUUUGAAUUUGUCAUUUGCUUAUGUUGAAGGGGAGAGCUUGCUCAUGGGUUUGAAGGAGGUGGCUGUGUCCAGUGGCAGUGCCUGCACUAGUGCUAGUUUGGAGCCUUCGUAUGUGUUGAGGGCGUUGGGAGUUGAGGAGGACAUGGCUCACACUUCUAUUAGGUUUGGAAUUGGGAGGUUCACUACAGAGGCCGAGAUUGAUAGGGCGGUUGAGCUUACCGUUCAGCAGGUGGAGAAGUUGAGGGAAAUGAGUCCGCUUUAUGAAAUGGUCAAGGAAGGGAUCAACAUCAAGGAUAUUCAAUGGGCACAACACUGAUUAUCAAGCUUUAUUAUUUAGUUAUAUUGUAUCCUUGAUGUUACAUUACAAUUAAGAAUUUACCCUGGUAGAGUUAUUUAUUAGAUGAACCUCUCCCACACUUCUUCCUAGUUUCCCCUUCCUCGGCUUAAGGAAUAGCGAUUUCAAGUUUUGCUCUAUCUCUGUUCUUGGAUCGGGGAGAGGGGGAGCUGGUGCAGGUACCUUGGUUUUGUUUUGCAUUUUUGGUCGUUUGUACUAUGGUAUUGAACUCGUCCAGCAUUGAGGCACAGGCCUCUUUCGCCAUUUCUAGCUUUGCUCUGGAAAUUGCUACUUGUUAUACUAAACAUAAUAAAAAGAUAUAAACCCAAUUCUCUGUAACUUAUGUCUGCAGUAAAAAAAAAUGUCUACUAGUAUUAUUCUCUAAA